AUGGACACCGUCACCGAGAUGAGUCCAAUUUUGAAAGAGAAACUCAAUGAUGUUCUAAGCAGAUAUGACGCGCUAGAGGCCAUUCUGGUGUGUACUUCUGAAGGCGUACCUUUGCUUACAGUUUCUGCCGAAGAGGAGUCGGAGUUGUCGUACGAGUGCACUGAGACCGUCCUCUCCACAGUUUUUGCAGGAGCAGCUGAGCAAGUUGGGAAGCUCAAGCUUGGUGCUGUGCAGACUGUUACCGCCUUCUUUGACGACGUGGUGCUCAUUCACAUCAACCACGCUCCACUUGUGAUCACUCUAGUCGCAUCGAACUCGCCGCAAAUUGGAGCACUACAAGCUUUGGCAAACGAACUGCGACCGGCGCUCACUCCGCUUAAAAAAUGCGUUGAGAGUGCAGACGUGCAUUAG